AUGUCCGCUGCUCGUUUGCCUUGUGAAAGAUCGUAUUUGGUCUCUGCUCCUGGAAAGGCUAUUAUUUUUGGUGAACACGCUGUUGUUUAUGGAAAGAGUGCAAUCGCUGCCAGCAUUGAUCUAAGAACAACUGCAACUAUCCGUCCUAUAUCCGACUUUAUUACUCUGAGUCUGCCUGAUUUGGAUUUUGUGUUCAAGUGGUCUGUUUUAUUGUUUAAUGAAAUACCACAUGCCACUUUAUUACCCUUGAAAAUUCAGCAUGAUUCUUUGAAUAUGAUGAUGUCCAUGCUUCCUGCAACCUGCUCUGAAGUGGUUAAACAAUCUGCAUCUGCAUUCUUGACACUCUACACGCAAAUAUGUCAUGUUCGGUCUGGAUUCCACUUGGAUGUGACCUCUGCAUUACCCAUUGGUGCCGGAUUGGGCUCAUCUGCGUCAUUCAGUGUCUGCGUAGCUUCAUUGCUUUUACUUUUUUCUGGGACUAUUCAGAUGCCCAUUACUGCUACAGAUCAGUUUUCUUCUCAUGAUCUGAAUCUGAUCAAUAACUGGGCAUUUAUUUCUGAAAAAGUCAUUCAUGGAAACCCAUCUGGUGUUGAUAACUCUCUGUGCACUUUUGUUUGCCAAGCUUAUUUCAAAUCUCUUGUAGGUGGUGCACGUGUAUAUACAAAACUAGAAGGCAUUCAAGAACUAAAAGGAUUUCCACAGCUCGAAUUCAUUUUGACCAACACAACUGUUCCAAAAAGCACCAAGCACGAAGUAGAAAAAGUCCGACUUCGUCGUGAGAAAUUUCCAUAUAUUGUUAAUUCUUUAUUGGACUCCAUUCAAGCCAUCUCGGAUUGCUGUACCUCAGCAUGCCUAAAAAAUGAUCAAAACACAAUUACAUUAUUGGACUUGAUCGAGCAAUUUGAAGUUCUUGUUGAUAUGAAUCAGUCUAUCUUAGUGGGGCUUGGGGUCAGCCAUCCCAAACUGGAGUUGAUUCGACUGAUUACUAGUCAACACGGUCAUCGUUCCAAGCUGACAGGAGCAGGUGGAGGUGGAUGUGCCUUGACCAUAAUUCGACCAGGUACAACUGAAAAAGAUAUAUCAACUCUUUGUGAUGCUCUUGAAUGCGAGGGAUUCCAGUGCUUUCGAGCACAAGUUGGAUGUAAAGGAGUUCAAGCUUGUUUAAUCGAAUAA